UUGCACCUCAUCCAGAAAUGCCAAAGGAUUAUAUUUCACAUAGCCCUUUUUGGGAACGCACAGGAUUUAAGGAUCCUUAUUCGGCUCAAGAACAAGAAAUAUUUGAAAAGUGUGAUCAUGAGUGUGCUGAUGAAAUACAUAGGCCAACAAGAGGAUCAAAUGUUGUACCUAACAGAUCAUUUUGUGAAUUACCAUUGUUUCAUGCACCUCUUAAAUUAUCUGAUGCACCACCAAAUGGUAUUGGAUAUAUUUCUCUUGGUGGACAUCAUUUUAAAUGUGAUAACCCUGCAAAACGAGAGGGUACAUUCCAUAUUAUCUUUACAAUUGAUCGAUCUAGUUCUAUGAGUAGUAGUGAUAAGAAACCAGUACCAAAUACUCCAGUUUAUAAUCUUUUAAAAACUAACCAUGACAACAGAACAGGUGCAGUAUAUAGUGCUGUUUAUUCGUUUAUGGAAACAAGGCUAUCUGCACAAGCAAGGUCGAAAUCUACUAAUAAGGAUACAAUAUCGCUGAUUCUUUUCGAUCAUGAAGUCAUUGUACCAUUCGAGAAUCAUAUACUAACAGACUUGAUGCUAAAUCAGAUGCUACCACAUAAGGCAAGAGCAAAUGUAAUUAUAUUUCUUUCUGAUGGUGAAUGUAGUACACCGAAAGGUCAACUUGAACAAAUUUGUAAAUAUAAUAGUGAUAAAGGAAAUCCAUUGUAUCUUAUAACAGUCUUAUUUGCUGGUGGAAAUGAUAGUCCUUCCUUAAGAGAAAUGGCUGAGAUUGCAAGUCGAUAUCAUCCAGCAAACACUAUUGGAAAUGCUUUGCGUUGUCAAUUCACUAGUGUUAUGACUGAGAUUAAUUUAGUCAAUACAUUUACUAGUGUUGCAGAAAGCUUGAGAGUACAUAAUCCUUCAUUGAUGAAAAAACUUUAG